CUGAGUCAGAAGAGUUCACUGGACCGCCACGGAAGGACGUUUCCGCCCUCAAGAAAGAUGGCGGCUCCCUUGCUGGAGAAUCUGUCGGAGUCCUUAGGUUCCCCGGAGCCAGCGGUUCGGCUCAUUUUAUCUAUUUUAAUCGGGUAUCCCUGUGCUCUGGUGUACCGGCGGUUCUUUUUCCACCAGCCUGCCACAGUUAUCCACUUGUUCCACACGUUCUCUGGACUGGCGCUAGCAGCUUUCAACUUUGCAGGCUCUCAGCUUUAUCACUCCGCAGUAUGCAUCCUUGUCCAAUUCCUGAUGCUGAGGCUCAUGGGGAGGACAGUAACAACUGUCCUGAGCAGCUUUACCUUUCAAAUGUUAUACCUGCUGGCAGGAUAUUACUACACAGCGACAGAGGAGUAUGACAUCAAGUGGACUAUGCCUCAUUGUGUCCUCAUGCUUAAACUUGUUGGUUUGUCAUUUGAUUACUAUGACGGCGGGAAGGAACCAUCGCAGCUGAGUUCAGAGCAGAAGACAGCUGCCCUGCCGUCGGUGCCCUCUCUGCUCGAGGUGUGCGGCUUCUCCUACUUCUAUGGAGGCUUCCUGGUGGGGCCCCAGUUUACACUGCGCAGCUACCAGAGGCUGGUGGCAGGGGAGCUCACUGACUGCCCUGGAAAGCCUCCAAACAGUGUUGUACCAGCUAUGAAGAGGUUUGCUCUGGGUUUUGUCUGCCUGGUGAUAUAUACAAUAUUUAGUCCCUAUUACCCAGACAGUUACUACUUAACAGAUGAGUAUGAGGCCCAGCCGUUCUGGUAUCGCUGUGUGUUUAUUCUGCUUUGGGCGAAAGUCAUUUUGUAUAAAUAUGUCAGCUGCUGGGUUAUAGCGGAGGGUGUAUGUAUACUAUCUGGCUUGGGCUACAAUGGGGUUGUGGAUGGUAAGCACCAGUGGGACGCCUGUGCCAACAUGAAGGUGUGGCUCUUUGAAACCACGCCUCUUUUUGGAGGAACCAUUGCCUCCUUCAACAUCAACACAAACGCCUGGGCUGCCAGACAUGUCUUCAAACGAUUGAAGUUCGUUGGCAAUAAGACCCUGUCUCACGUGGCCACACUGUUCUUUUUGACGAUUUGGCAUGGCCUUCAUUCCGGGUACAUCUUGUGCUUCUCCAUGGAGUUCUUCAUCAUCACUGUAGAGAGACAGGCCCUGGCACUGGUGAGGGACAGUCCCUUGCUGACGAAGUUGGCCAACAGCGCGCUCUACCCUCUCAUCUAUGUAGUCCAGCAGUUUAUACACUGGCUCUUCAUGGGCUACCCCCUAGUGCCAUUCUGCCUCUUCACCUAUGACAAAUGGCUCAAGGUGUAUUCUUCAGUCUAUUUCUGUGGUCAUGUAUUCUUCCUCGUAGCCUUUUUAAUCAUGCCAUACCUCCGUAAGGCGCUGGUGCCUAAGGAAGAACGGAGCCAGAAGAAGGAGGAAUAAAACUUGGUACUAAGACUUGGCAUGGUCUGUCUGAGGCUGAAUAUCCACUGAAGGGAACUGUGACUUUCAAGGAGCAGAACGGAAAAUAUUUUAAGGCCUUUAGUAAUAUAUACUGUAUGUCCAUGUAAAAAAAAAAAAAAUUUCUAUAUAUUUUUGUGUUUAAAUGGGAAGGGUGUUUUUAUAAACAUUCUGAGAAAUGUUUACAGGAAAUUACCAUUGUGCCACGUGGGGUAAUUGUGAGCCAAUCAGGGGCGAUUUCCUGUUUGUUUAUUUUUCUUUUUUCUUUUAUUUUAAGACAUGUGGGACUUGUAGAACUUGAGAGACUUACAUGCUGUCGACACAGAAUUGCACUCACCAGUCACGGGUCCAGAGUCUGUCAUUGACUCCGAUUUUGUUUUAUGUUUCAUUUCUCUGUCUCAUGUCUCGCACCACCUGCAUUUAGCAGCAGCACUGAGCCUCUACAGGAGGUUUAAGCACAGCGUCAGCGUAUGUGGCGCUUUCUAAUGUAAUAAUACAUCAUGCAUACUGCUUUCUGCAAAAGACAGAUUAUGAUAAUGAUAAAAAAGAAUAAUAAUAAUAAUAAUAAUCAGGGGGGUUGUUUCUUGAAAAUGGCUGCCAGUGGUUAUACAAGCACUGUAAAUCACACACUGUACACUAACACCCGACUCAAAAUGGCCUUGUAUUAAUGAAUGUUUUUACAGUACAUUUGUCCUGGUUUUAAUUUGAUUUGUGAUGGAAAAAAAAAAGACUUGAUUUUAUAGCGUUUUAACAGCUUUUAUGAAAAAGAACAUUUUUGUAGCUUUGGAUAAGAUUUCAUGAAUGGAUUUGCAUUGUUCUCCUGCCUUUUCCUCAUUUGCUGUUUUAGCUGUUUUUUUUUUUUCUUGUCAUACAUCCUCCUCUCCCUGUUCAGCCACUCCUCUGUCUCUCUGUCUGCCUCGAUUCAAGCCUGGCCCUCACCUCUGAAAUACACUGACAUGAAAGGAUCAUUUCAGAAAGAGACUUGUGCACUACCCAACCAUGCAGGCACUAAAGUUUAUUGUUUAGAUCAUCCCACAUUCACUCCGGCAUCUCUAACAGGACACAUAGGCUGUUGAGGAAUUGUCUCAUUUUGAACUGGAAACAAAACACACAAAAAUAAGAAGGAAAAAAACAUUUGUGUUUGUUUUUUACAGUUUCACUUAUGACCUGUUCUUCUGUUUCCAACAGCAGGCGAUAAUUAAAAAGUGUGAAGCAGAAGCAUCCCAUCCCACUGUGGGAAUGCCUCUUUAUUUUAA